AACGUCGCUCUCACUGAUUCGCAGGUUGAAGCCAAACACUUGCAGGCAAAGAGGGCGGUCGCUUUCGGCGAAUUUUGGGGCAAACGUAAAGAAGAAGUUCUUGACGGUGGACAACAUUGUUAUUAUGAUGGCAAAAUACGUGAUGGACGCUUGCGUAGUGAUCGAUUUGCUGACCCACGAACGGCCGUGAUCCUAAUGUGGAUACGCGCAGCGGCAAAGUCACAAAAGGAAGAAACAACGUCAUUUUUUAGUGUGUGGUAGCUGUCACGUACCCAGAUAGUAUUUAACAGCUCGAGAAGAAACAACAACACGUGUGAUAUAUUUUAAUCGCUACGACAAAAUGGACCGAGGCGGCUGUCAGAUGAAUGGCGGGGGAGGUGGCGGCCCGGUCGACGGCGGCGGUGGCGGAGGCAUGAUCACCCUGGAGGACUUGGAGUCUUUCUCCGAGGACCAGAUGUCCGACUCCGGCAACGGGAGCUUGGAAGACGACGAGGAGGACCCCGAUCGCUUGCUGCACUACUGGCAGGACGUAGCCAGGGGACACCAAGUGGAAGUCGCUAAUGAAAUGGCCGAACCCAUUCAACAGUUAUCCACCAACAACAACGGACGCAGUAACAGAGAACACGUCCCUUUCAACCUCCUGUCACGGAAAGAAAAGUGCGGGGAGCUACUUUAUGAGAAGCGCCACUACAAAAUGGGUCACUGGGCUUGUAUAACAAUGCGCGAGGAGACGUACGAACAGAGCAUCUGCUACGGCUUCAUGAGGAUAAUGAGAUACAUCUGCCAGCAGAACUCUUUAGGCAGCUACCUGGGCAUGUCGCUGCCCAUCGUGACGGUGGUGCGUACAGACGAGAACCAUUCAACCAUUGCCCAGGAAGUGACGGUGGCGUACUACCUACCCGCCGAGCACCAGGCCCAGCCCCCACAGCCUCACGACAGCAACAUCAUCAUCGAAAUCUGGCCUGCAGCCGUUGUGUACGCAAGGCCGUUCUCCGGCCCAACCAACGAGUUGACCAUCGUGGAUCAGAUCACCACAAUGGCCGAGCUGCUCGAGUCCCCCGGCCUGUGCGUCAACGAUUCAUUCAUCGUGGCCGGCUACACCAACCCGGCGCACAGCCAGCGCCAAAACGAAAUCUGGUUCCUUGAGCGCCGUUGACGGAGAAUGACAGCGUGACGUUCCCUCAGCGGUAUUCCACCCGUGACCCCCGCCCCACCUCAACCAAGACUCGUCCCUAUUACACUGCCUCAGCCCAGUCCACAAGACUCAGGUGCAACAUUGUACUUCCUUCGUCGCCGCCUCGCCAGCUCAGCACACUCCACCUUCAUCACCCUCAGCCAUAUUCAAAUCCUAUGGAGUGCUGUAAGAAAGCCGCCGAGUUAUCCUCAGUGGCGGAUUUACCGCCGCAUUGCGCGCUCCCUUGUUGUCUAUAGCACAGCUUCGCUGUGGCGUUUUAGCUUGCUGUCCCAUGAUGUCAAAUGAUCUGUAAGUGUUAACGCACUUGAUUUAUUGUUGAAAUCUCUGGAUUACUGCAGGUUAAACGGUUUUAGGAGAUGAUUUAAUCAACAGGUUAGCACUCAACCAGCCAGUAAACUAUUUCUUUCUCUAUAUUCUGGACCAUUUAACUAAUCGGGGUUUGCGUGGGGAGUCGGGAUGUUGUUUGUGUGCGACACAAUGUCAAUCAUAAUCUACCUAAAUGAUGCUAGACACUAAUUGAGAAGACACAUUAGUGCAUGAAUGUAAAAAAGAUAGAAUGUGCGCGUGUGUACAAACCAAACUCAACUGCUGAAUGACAAUCAAAAGCACUUAAAUCGAUCCAAUGCAAGUAAGUCAAAGCAUUCCUCGUCUUUGCUCCGCCUCGGAAUCGUCUUUUUCGCAAAACGCUCUAUGUGCUACUUUGUGUUAGUGUGUACAUAGUCACUACUGUACCGCGACAACCGCCAACACUGCUGCUGAGAAGAGAUAAUGCUACCAAAUACAUCGCCGAGAUCAGAUCGAGACUAUAACGAAAGCAAAAUGUUUAAAUUCAGAGGUUUUUUGUAAGAUUCCAUCAUAAAUAUGAAGAAAUAACGAUAGCACUUAUAAAAAAGGUUCCCUUUUGAAGGGGUUGUUUGGUUGUUAUGGUGGCCUUGUUGUAAACAGGUGCCCAAUUACCUAUAAGGGUAAACAUAAAUGUAUAUUUUUCAGAUUAAACUAACUAAUCCAAACAGCUGUACUUUAAUAAAGAUUUUUUAAAACAGAUUCUAUAUGAUUCUAUGAAUGAAAUAGGAUAAAGAAGCUUCUACUACUACUCACAAUUAUUUUCAAAUUAAAUUUGGGGUUGUCCUUUUUAAGAGAAAUCCAAAGAUGUUAUUUUUCACAGAAUGACUUUAAAAUGGAGGCGUUUCAAGUUUCUCCCCUUUGUGAGCACGGUUAUACGGGAACAUGCACCCUCCCUGUUUUACGUUUGCUUAAUUUAGUAGAAGAGCUAAUGUAUGCUGUACUGUGAACAUAUAAAUGCAACAGCAGAGCGCUACUGUGGUUUCAUUUUGGUCAAUAAACAUGUGCUAGUCACCUGUCUUUUGAAUAUGACAAUAUGAGUGUUUUCUUUACCAUUGUGUUUUUUUCAUAUCAUACAGAUUGUUUACUCUAAUACAUACUGUCAUUUUUGGACUAUAAGGCUUACCUGACUAUAAGCCACAGUUGUCCUCAUUGUAUUACGGGAUAUGUACACCAAAAGAUAUUAACCAGAAACACUUCAUUUGACAGCAGCAGCAUACGACUGUCAUAAGACCAAAUGAACCACCAUCAUUGCUUCAUUUCGCCAUCACUGCUCCCUUGGGGGAGACAAGUCAACCUCUGCUGCCACCUGCUGUCAACACUGUUGUCGUCCAACAUGCCUUGCAGCGCUCCAGAUGUAAAUAACCAUCAAAAUUCAUGUUCUGUGCUAAUUAUUUCUUCAGUUACUGUUCCCGUUGUUUUAUUAAUUGCUAGUUAUGUUAUUUGACAGUAGCACAAUACGAUUGGCAUAAAACCAAAUGAACCAACAUGAAGCUUUGUACCAAUUGGCUGCAAAGCUUCAUUGCUUCAAAAAGCUUCAAUUGGCCAUCAGUGCUCCCUUGGGGGAGACAGUCAACCUCUGCUGCCACCUGCUGUCAACACUGUUGUUGU